AUGCCGCUGUUGAGUGCCAUCCGGUGGAAAGGCAGGCUUUGCCAUCUUACUGGAUCUGUGUCGUGUGACUUCUGCAUCUUUGCCAAAGCCACAGUGACAAGGAAAAGUAGAUACUCUGCAACUGUUCAGGACAUGAAGGCAGUGCAACAGAGGACACAAAGAGGACUUGCCGUGGCAAGAAAGUGUCCCAUUGCAUAUCAGGAGGCUUCCUUGUCCGGACCUGCCACAAUCCAUCUGGAGGAGUCUGUCCACUAUGAGUUACUGGCCUUAAAGGACCUGCAGCCAGUGUACACCAAUGUAAAUCCUGACAAUACCAACUGGAUUGGUUCCCACAUCCAGAGCAUCCAGAAUACAAAUGGAAAUGAAGCAAAUUCACCAAGGAUGCAUUGGAAAAAUAAGGAGCCUGUAGUUAUUUAUUCAGAGUUGAAGGCACGCCCAGAUGAGUUUGCAGAGCAGACCAGCAGGAGAGAGAGUGCCCGAGAAGAUACUACAGAAGACUAUGAGAAUGUCUCAAGCGGAUCUGCAGCCACAGGCCACUAG